UUCAGCAACCAAUCUCAAACCCCCCUUCUUUGAAGGGAAAGAGAGAACAAUAGAGAGAGAGAGAGAUAGAAAAGCCGGGAACAAUGGCGACUGACGGCGCGGCGGUAGAUGUUGGCGGAGAAGUGGCGGAGCAACCCCAUAGGCUAGACAAGAAGUGGACAUUCUGGUUCGAUAAUCAAUCUAAACCUAAACAAGGCGCCGGUUGGGGGAAUAAUCUUCGCAACGGCUACACUUUCGACACCGUCGAAGAGUUUUGGUGUCUGUAUGACCAGGUAUUCAAACCUAGCAAGCUUCCAGGAAAUGCUGAUUUCCAUUUGUUCAAAGCUGGGAUUGAGCCUAAAUGGGAAGAUCCAGAGUGUGCAAAUGGAGGGAAGUGGACAGUUACUAGUAGCAGAAAGGCUAACCUUGAAACUAUGUGGUUUGAAACUUUGAUGGCCUUAAUAGGUGAGCAAUUUGAUGAGGCUGAUGAAAUAUGUGGUGUGGUUGCUAGUGUGCGUCAAAGGCAGGAUAAACUUUCUUUAUGGACUAAAAAUGCUGCUAAUGAGGCUGCUCAGAUGAGUAUUGGAAGAAAGUGGAAGGAAAUUAUAGAUGUGACUGACAAGAUCACCUACAACUUCCAUGAUGAUUCCAAGACAAGAACAUCAAAAGGUCGUUACAGUGUGUAAUGACAUUCCUAGAACAAUUUGCAGCUUUUUUUUUUAAGUCGAAUUGUGUUGGCCUUCUACAUGUUGUAUUUGAUGGGAUAUGGUAAUCACUGUUGAGGAAUUUUGUUUUUUUGUUAUAAGAAAAUGUUGAUUUUCUUACA